AUGCAAGGCUUAAGUCUUCAAAGCUUGAAGAAGCAUAAGGCGCUGAUUCCUCUGUAUGUGUGUACGGGAGUAGGAUGUUUAGGAGCUAUGUUCUAUGUCAUAAGACUGGCAACACGAUCUCCUGAUGUUUCCUGGAACAAGAAGACCAACCCUGAACCAUGGCAAGAGUACAGGGAUAAACAGUACAAGUUCUACUCACCAAACAUAGACUACUCCAAGGAACAUUCACCUGCUCCUAAGUAU